GGAUCGCACCAGGCCUGGCCACAUCCUGGGAGACCCUGAACGGAGGAACAACCCAGAUGCCCUGGACACUAAAAACAUGUCUCUGACUCCCUUCACUCUGGUCAGGCUGGUCACACAUUUGGCGAUGUUGCUGGAUCCUCAGAAAGUCCCAGUUUGUCCAGAACAUCAUCCAGCCAACUGUGGAGGAUGUUUGUGCGUUUCUCACCCUACACUUAAUAAAGGAUCUGGAUCAGCUGUCACAGGCACUGGAAAAGGAGCUGAUGACACUAUUACAACUGUCCACUUGGUGCUCAGAUCUCUGCAAGACAUUCCGCAGACCAGUCACUCUGGCAUUGAUCCGCGCUUAACAACCAAAGCAUCCAGGAACUGCUGGGAAACUACCAUGGCUGCAGAAAUGAUGCCUCAGUUGAAGGAUCUUGAUCAACUUCUGCAAGAAGGAAAGGGCAAAAUCAGGACCGAUUCCCGUGUAUCUUCCAACUUCAUCAUGAGGACGACCUUCGGUGAUGAUUGUACUUUCCUGGCGUCGCUGCCACAGGGCUCUCAGGUCCACAGCUCAGCAGUGUGGAGCUGCAGGGAGAGGCUCUCGUUGCUCAGCCUCACACACAUUGUGGACCAUAAUGACCAAAAAGGAGGAACUGCUCUGCUCUGGAGGUUCCUGCAGAAGGAGAGAGAAUUUCGGCAGAUUAAGUUCCUUCCAGACAUCCUAAUCCUGCAAAAACGUUUGGUGAGAAAGUUCCAGAACACAUCUGACCAGAUCGUGGGCUCAAUCAGAGAGUUCACUGAGAAGCAGUCAGACAUGAGAACAUGGUAUGAAAAACACAUUGACAUCUUCCUGAGAACAUGGAAUCUGCUCAGAGUGUCUGUAACCAGCACUGAGAUGAAGAUUCCAGAUGAAUUUUGCAGUGAGGACUUGGACUUGAACAGUGACCUACAGUACCUCCUGCCCCGGCGGCAGGGUCCAGGCCUGUGUGCCACAGGGUUGAUCAGCUACCUUGUGGGACUACAAAAUGAGCUUGUGUAUGCUGUGGACAGCUACACCGGAGAGGACAGCAGCAGUUACAAGGUGACCAUGGCAGAGCUGACAGAGCAGCAUGUGAUCUGCUAUGAGGUGGAGAAGGAUCUGCUUCCUCUGGUUUUGUCCAACUGUCAGUACAGCUUAGAACGUGGCCAUGAGACAAUAUCACAUUAUGACCUACCCAGGAUCCAGCAGCAGAUCCUCACCCGCUUUCUACAGGGAAAACCCCUCAUCACCUGCACAGGAAUCCCCACUCUGGUCAACACACAAGAGAGAGACUAUGAAACCAUUUUCAACGCUGUUAAAGGAAGAGUCCAUCAGAAGCCUCUGUCCUCUCUGACACGGAACGCUGUGUCCAGAGAGCUGAACUCCUUCAGUGAGGUGUGUGAGGCGUUCAAGAUCGUGGAGCUGCUCCUGGGUUUCCUCUCAGUGACGGGUGGUGAUCCCAUGAUGAAACUAGUCACUUACCUCCAGGACGUGCUGAAGAUGGCCGACCGCAUUGAUCAUCACAUAUUACAGGCUCUGGGCAGAUGCACCCUCAGACACUGUGUUUCACUGUGGCAGCUCCUCUCUUCUCUUAAAUCUGAAAACAUGCUGCGUCUCAGGAGGGAGCCCUUUUCGGGGUAUUCAGCUAAGUACCUGAAGCCACUGACAGAGAAGGACAAGACUGAGCUGAAAGGCUUCAUGUCCAUUGGAAAUGUGGACCAGUGGCUUCUUGAGAUGCAUGAGUUCCUCCUGCUGAGACUGGGUCGCCCCCGGGCCACUGACGACUUCAAUCCAUCCUGGGGUGUGAAAGAGACUGUGGCUGCCUACAUGGACAGCAAAGAAGUGGAGGUGCCCCCUUAUGUGGAGGGCAAGUUUCCUGAAAAUCUGCAGCUGUCUCAGAUUGUGGAGACCUGGAAAUACGCCAUCACCACCAAACAGGACUGGAUGAUGGAGAGAUGAACAGGAUGGGUUUACAGAGAUUUAUUAGGUUUAUCAGAUUAAUUUAUGUUAUACAGUCUAAUAGAAACUGAAUUUGUUUCAGUCUUAUUAAUUUUUUCUUUGAUAAUUAUAUAUGAAAAAAAACCUAAGACUGAUUAAUCUUGAGUGCCUUGAAUAUAUAGUUUGUUUGUUUUUUUUUCUUGUCAUGAGCCAGCUGUUCAUUUACUACUUAGCCUCAUUUGAAGAAAUUCCCAUAUAUUAUAAGCGUAUAUUUUAAUUUCAGUUGGAUUAAGUGUAUUUCACUAUGGACCACCAAAAUCAGAUAAUUAGGGUAAUGAGUCUGCAUGGUGGUAUGACAAAGUAGUAAAGAUACAAUACUGCAUGUUUUUUUAUUAUAUUUUUAUUAUUCUUACACAUUUAAGUACUUUGAAUGUUUAUUUUCAUUAAUAUGAAGGUAAAAUCUUUGAAGCAAAAUGUUUAGUUUAUGAGAUAAUGUCAAUUUCUUCUUAUUUUUUCACCAUUAUCAUUACUAUUAGCAUUUUAGUUCAGUUUUUUGGUAUUUCUGCUUUAUUGAUAGUGGUUAUAAAGAGAGACAGGAAAGGCAGGGAAAGAGAGGGGAUGACAUGCAGCAGCCUGGGCCUCUGUGCUAAGGAUUCAACUUUGAUAUGUAGUACACAGUCUACCAGGUGAGCGACCAGAGUGCCCCUGUUUUAUCUUAUUUUUAUGUCUUUUUGUUCAGUCUGGUAAUGUUUAGGGUCAAUGGCACCAGAAAAUCAUGGACAAUAGUGUCUGUCAUGAUACCCAUAACAGCCUUUUUAUUAUAUUUUUAUCUUUAGGCCUGUUAAGUCUUUUUAUAUUUGUAUCUCAGUCUUUUAAGCUUUAUUUUAUUUUUAUCUUUAGGCCGCUAAGUCUUUAAAAAACUAUUUUAGCAAUAAAUCAGUUUUUAGAGCAUAAAACAAUAUGUGUUACAAGUGUGUUCUACAAUUUGUUUACAUACUUGUGACAGCAGAAAAACUACAAGUAUCUGAUUUUAUGUGAAAUGGUUAAAAACGUAACCUUUUGGCAUUUCUGCUUUCUUGAUAGUGAGAGUGGAGGGCAACAGGUAAGGCAGGGAAAGAGAGAGGUUGACAUGCAGCAAAGGGCCUGGGCCUCAGUGGUAAGGAUUCAGCUUUGAUACAUGCAGGUCUACCAGGUGAGCGACCAGAGUGCCCCUGUUUUUUCAUAUUUUUAUGUAUUUUUGUUCAGUCUGGUCAUGUUUGAAGUUGAUGAUGCGAGAAAAUCGGGGACAUAGUGUCUGUGAUGAUACCCGUAACUAUCUGCAGGGAAGUUUGAAACCAUGGAUAUGGAUGUGCUCUUUGAUUACUUUUUCUACUGUUAGAAAAUCUAAAAUCAGGAGACAGGAGGCAGAAUAUCUCCCAAUGCAUUUUAAGUCUUGAAUUUUUUAAAUCUUUUUAUCUUUAAGCCUUUGAAGUGUUAUAUUAUAUUAUAUAUAUUAUAUAUUUUAUCUUAAGGCCCCUUAAGUAUUUUUAUAUUUUUAUCUUUAGGCUUUUUAAGUAUUAAAAAAACUACUGGUGACAGCUGAAAAACAGGUAUCUGAUUUUAUGUGAAGUGGUUAAAAGCAUGUAACCUUUCACAGUUAUAAGGCUGUAUGUUGUUUCUGUUUUUAAAGAUUUUUCUGCGAUAAUUAUGUUUGGAAAGAUUUAAAAAUAACCUUAAGGCCUUAAGACUGACUAAUCUUGAGUGCAAAAUGCUUUGAAUAUAUAGUUUUAGCGUUGUCACGAGCCAGCUGCUCUUUUACUGCCUUUUAUUAAUAGAAAUAAUUUUAAGAAUCACUAUCUGAGCCUCAUUUGAACAACGUCUCAAUAUCUACUCAGGAAAAUGUUUGACUUUCACGAGCAUAUAUUUUAACUUUUUUAUAAUAUCUUUUACAGGAUUACAUUUACUUAUAUUUGUUUUGGAUUAAGUUUAUUUCACCAUUGACCACCAAAAUCAAAUAAUCAGAUCAAAUCAGUCUUCAUGGUGGUACGAUAAAGUAGUAGAGAAAAGAUAAGAUACUGCAUGUUUUUCAGUAUAUUUAUAUUCUUCUUACACAUUUAAGGACUUUGAAUUUUUAUUUGCGCUAAUGUGAAGGUAAAGUGAUCUUUGAAACAAAACAUUUGGUUUAAAAUGUAUGUUUAUUCAUAUUUUUAAAUCAUCAUUAUUAUUAUUAUUUUAAAGAUAGUUUUUUGGUAUUUCUGCUUUAUUGCUAGUGGUAGUAAAGAGAGACAGGAAAGGCAGGGAAAGAGAGAGGAUGAAAUGCAGCAAAGGGCCCGGGCCUCUGUGGUAAGGACUUAGCCUUGAUAACUUAUAUGCAUGGAUAUAGAAUCAGAAGCAGAACAUCUCCUAACACUUUUAAAGUCUUCUGAAACCUUUUUUAAAAAUUAUAUUUAUCUUUAAACUUUUUUCUAGAUAGAUGAAAUUGUCCUUUUUAGCAACUAUUUUUAGAAAGUAAACAAAAAUAAUGUGUGUUCCAUAAUCUGGCAGGCUGAAAAACUAGGUUCACUGAUUUUAUGUAUGACAAUGAAAAGCAUGUAACCUUUCACAGUUAUGAGGCUGUAAGCAGUAGAUAUUCAUUUGUAUGUGCUGAUUAAAGUUUAAGUCAUUAAUUGAUUAUUUGAUCAUUUGGAUUAAAUUUACAUUUGUUUUAACUAAUCAAUAAAUCAAUUUAUAUAUA